CAACCAACCAACCGUUUCUAGCCCGAAUGCCUUUCACCCCUUUACCCCGCUCCUUCGGCCGCCACUCACCUUCCUUCCUUCUCUCCACUCAAAUAAACAAGCGCGACCCACCUCGACCUGUACAUAUACAUACACAUCCACAUCCACAUCCACAUCCUCGCUCCUUUUCUCCUGCUCUUGAUCCCCUUUCUUCUCAUCUGUACAUAUACAUCCCCCCUGCAACCAAGCAUCAACAGGAACAAGUGUAUCAAGUCCCCACUAAUGUCCCUGUUGAGCGACCCUGCCUAUAUUGUCCACAGCCUGCGACUAAGCAAUCUGAGGUUGGACGAUCGUAUCUCGGACAAGGUCAUCACCUUCCCGCCCCAGCUCCUUUCCAAUGAGUACAUUAAGGCUGCAGGCCCUGUCUUUCCAGAGAUGCAAUAUUGCUACUCGCCCAAUAUCAACCAUGACUACAUGAUACUCGGCAGCAACCCUCUGCUCCUCAGCGCCAGCGAUUCUGCCCUCAACUCGACUGACAGUCUCUCGACCGCGAACCAGCCCACCAAACCUGCUGCUGGCAACAGAGUCAAGUUCGAUCGACGGCGGAUCGUUGCCGCUCAGGCUGCUGCCGCCGCGGCAGCUGCCGGUCUUGGAAGAGGAGGCAUCGAGGGAGGCGCGCCUGUUGCGUUCCCUCUCCAGCCUGCACCCAUUCCCGCGAUGAGAGUUCCUAUCCCAAUGGCUGUCGCCAGCAUGGAGAGUGACGAUGAUAUUGAUAUUGAUGACGAGGAACCAGUAAAAUCGCCACCAAGAACGUUCCCCAAGAUGGCGAUACCAGCACAUGUUGGCGGUAAUUUUGCACCGGGAAUCUUCAUCACUACCCCAUCCAGACCCUCGUCAGCGACUAUUCCAGAGGAUGCCCAAGCACAACAGCAACAGAUGAUAGAAGAGAAUGAUGGCGCACGCAGCUCUGAACAUGCAAACGACAACACUGCACAGGAAUCCGAGCUGACAGAGCGUGAAACUGAAAUUGGCGAUAUUACGAUUGAUUCGAUCAACUCGCCCAUUGACUUGUCGCCACCGGACUCUGCAAUAGCUGGACGGAUGUACAGGAGUUCUGCUUCAGCCGUCAGCGCUUUGAGAUCGCCAUUGCCCCUUCGCCCUAACACACCUCCGCCUCAAAAGUCAGCGACACCUCAAACCAACGGCUUCAUAUCCGAACCUGUUCCGUUGAAACCUCCGCCAGUGUCACUCCUCGCAUUGCUCAUCAAGCAACAGAAGUCGAGGGAGGACAACCCAUUUGCGGAGGAGUUCCUUCGAAUUGCAGGUAUGGGAGAAGCGAACCCAGUGCAGCUGAAGAUCUACCUGCCAGGCAGUGACAAACCAAAGGACCCGAUGCAGGUGGUUGUGAAACGAGACGCAAGUGUCGAGGACGUUAUUGGGUACAUUCUUUAUCAGUACUACCAUGAAGGCCGGACGCCGUUGCUCAGUGACGAACUAUCGACGGUGGUGCAAUGGAACCUGCGCAUCGUAGAGGAUGAUGGCGAGAUUGACGAUGAUUUGCCUGCGGUGGAAAGAACAUUAAAAAUUGGACGGUUCUCUAUGAAUCAGCGGUUUGCCAUGAAUCAAUUUGCUCUUUGUGAAGCGACGCCAGCCCAGGCCAAGAUCAACGAGAUCCUCUAUACAAAGUCUGGGAGGACAGUGGUGCGGCCCAAGAGACAAAAGUCUUCGACUGGCCUUGGUCCACCUGAUCCUCCAAGGCCUAACUUGGGUCUCCAGGGAGAAGUCCAGGCAGGUCAAUGGUCGGAGUCGGCCUCAAUAGAGCCCAAUGGUGUAAGCGGAGGUACAUCAAGCGGAGCCAUAUCGGCCAUGGGUGCAGGAAGCAGCACGACGGGCAUCGUUGCGCCACCCAGAGCGGAACCUCUCAUUGCGAGCACGCAGCACUACGUUCGGGUGCGUUUGCAUACGAACCACGAAGUCAAGCAUACGACGACGGUCGAGAUCUUGCCAAAGAUGUUGGUGUCCGGGGUCAUUGAUUAUAUCUGUCUGAAGCGCAAGAUGGAUCCGGCAGAGUGGUCCCUUGUGGUGGCAGACACGCACCACGUCUUACCCCUGGAUGGUGCAGCCGAGGACAUCCCCAAUACGACAGAACUCUCUCUUGUCCCGAAGACCAGCGAGUCAAACUUGACGGCGAAGCGCUCAAAGUUUGGUCGACCUGGACUGGCAGAAAUCCCGGGGUCAAGUGUUUCGUACCUUACCUCGGCUGAGGUGUAUCGUGAAUACACGUUGAAUCGAAAGCGACGUGGAGGAUAUGUGGGUCAUCAUGAGCAGGUUCUAGCAAUAGAUGGAGACUACAUCCGGAUCAUGCCUUCUUCAACCAAAACGCUUUUGUUUGACUCUGGGAAAACGGCUUCGUAUCUGAAAAGUACAAUCCACGACUGCAAGCAGAGCAGGAAGGCGCCGAGUAGCUUCAAGCUGGUAGUGAUCCGUGGCGAUCGAGAGAAGAAGACAUAUGAGUUUGAGGCCAAGAAUCCACAGCAAGCACGUAAGUGGAUAUGGAAGAUGAGGCGUUCUUUUGGAGUAUUGGUUUAUGCAUCUUGAACGAAAUGAAGUGGACGGGGAACUGACAUGUGUGUGGUUUUGGUUGUUAAUUAAUUUUUUUCCUGUUCGCUGCGCGUUCGGUUUUGUUGUUUUUCUAGAGGAAAUCUGUCAACGGAUUAUGCAACUCAAAAAUAGUUGAGGGAGGCGGAAAGACUGAGGCAACCCCCCGGGGUGUCCUGGCAAAACUAGCGUAGCCCAAUGGUCUUGCGGCGCCCUCAUUUUUUCUUUUUCUUUUUCCUUUUUUUUUUUUUUUCUUUUUA